CCUAAGAACGAAAUAGAAGCUGCGUGUGUUUUGACAGCAACAUCCUUCGCACGGACGCGACUGAGAGGACUUCACGAAGGGAUUCUCGUGAAAAUGGUGUCCAUUUCUAGAAUUCUAUUCCAUUUGGGGAAGUAGGCGAGUAAUGUUGAAGGAAUUGUCAAGUGGUCAAUCACCGUUUGUGCUUUGCGUCAAGUGUUCGACUGAUCGUUGACGUGUGGCGAUAACACAGAAAACGGUCUGUUUGAAUUCAAGGAACAUCUACCCAUCACGAGUGGGAACCUAGUCAUUUACAGGGAGUGUCUCGAGUGCUUUCCACAUUGGUCCAUCGGCCUGGCGAGUGGCUCUUGUUGAAGUGGAACUGACUGACUGACUGAAGUGAAACCCAGUAGGCCCGGCCGCCGACAGUACGGGCAGGAUACGAGAUGCCUCUGUUUUUCAGAAAGAAGAAACCCAGCGAUGACUGCCAGAAGAGACUUGAGUAUCAGCUGUGUCGGUCAAAGGAAGCAGGCGCUGACGACGUCCUGGACAUCUCGUCUUGCGAGCUUUCAGAGGUUCCUUCGAGUGCCUUUUCGAUUUGCAAAGUUCUCCAGAAGAAGGUACUGAUCCUACACAACAAUAAGCUUAAGUCACUGCUUCCCAAAGGAAGUGACAUCAUCUCUCUUGGCACGCUAAAGGUUUUGGAUUUGCAUGAUAAUAAGCUUCAUUCACUCCCAGAAGAUAUCGGGAAGCUGCCAUCUCUGCAGAUUUUGAAUGUGGAGAAGAAUUGUUUAAAGGUCCUUCCAGAAUCCAUUGGGGAUCUCAGGCUACUGCAGACACUCAAUUUGAAAGGCAACUGUCUCAGUGAACUACCGUCGACUAUUAGCUCUCUGUGCAGUUUACGUACCCUGGAUGUGAGUGACAACCUCAUAAUCCAGAUUCCCAAAACCUUUGCUUAUAUCCGCACACUGGAGAACUUCAUACUCGAUGCAGCUACAAUGACCUAUCCUCCUGCAUCUGUGUGCGUGGAAGGUACAGCGACCAUUCAGCACUUCCUGUGCGCUGAGCUGGGAGAAGAGUACUGCCCUCCAUCCCAGUAUCUCCUGCCAGUUCUGGAAAGUGACAGUGGCAAACAAAACUCUGACUCUGUGGAUGGUGUGGAUGAGGCCUGGCAGAAUAAAUUCAGUGACUAUGAGAGGAGAAAGUUUCAGAAGCAGCAGGAAAAGCUGGCAUUCGAGCGACACCGAGAGGAGAAACAAAAUGAGCACACCCAGCUUCUACUCAUGAACACCUCCCGUAAAGUGAACAUCCUCAACUCCGUUCGUCAGGAGCAGGAGCGUCUGGAACAGGGGGUCACCCAGCAGCAGCGGGCCCAGGAGUCGGAGAGGUUGCUGUUGUUGGACAAAGUGAGACACGCCGAACACAACAUCAGCAGUCGCAUCAGCAUCAUGCUGUCGGAUAACAACAGGCAAAAAAAGAGUGCUGAGUUUCUCCAGGCCAUGGAGGAAGAUCGGAUCCGUAUGGAGCAUCUGACUGCCAUCACACAGGAAGAAGCUAACUCUCUGAGGAAGAGAGAGGUUGCUGCGGCCAUGCAGAAGAUGCUGUCAGACCGCUGCACUGUGAGCCUCCUCCAAGAAGCCAGUGACUGUCGUAGAAGGAGCUUGGUGUCUGAGGCCUCCAGAAGUAUGGAGAAUCUGGAGAAGAAGUUUGAUAAAAUGCUAUCCAUCCAAGUUUUGGACAAAUCUAAAGCCAUUGCCCACAUUUUACAGGAGGAGGAGAUGCAGAAAGCAGCGUUCCAAGCACUGCAGUUGCAGAAAGAUUCUGUCCAUGGUUACAUACGCAAUCAGAUCAAGCUUAUUGAGGGGGAAUUAAUGCAGCUGACAAAACUGGAAGUUAAAAGGCGCAAUCUGGAUGCUGAGAACCUGCAGGAAGUGCUAGUGGACCAGCGCACAGCUCUAGGUGAUUUGUUGCAGCAACUGCUGAAACAGAAGCACCAGAGAGAGCAAGAACUGCUGCAAGUUCUGGCGGAGAUGGAGUUGAAGUCAGAGUCAACCCAGCAGAACUACUGGAUGAUUCAGUACCAGAGACUGCUGGAUGCCAAGCCCUUGUCACUGCGCAUGCAGGAAGCUGGUGUGGAAAAAGACUUGGUAAAUAUACUGUGCAAACUGUCAGCUCAGCAUUACUUGCCCAUCAUGGCUCACCAUCGUGUGACAACUGAGGCCCUUCGCCACAUGAACUCAUCUGACCUAAAGAAGCUCGGCAUUAUUGAAGUUGGCGUCCAGAAAGCUCUCUUGAACUGGGCUCGAGAAUGCAAGCCUGAAGUCUUUGAAGGUUCACAGGUCGCAACUAAGACAAGGUUCAGCGGGAGGUGGCUUCCUUUUGUGAGGAGGACCCCCUUUCCAUUGCAGUGUCAGGCUCGCACUUUAAGGACACUGACCUGCACUAUGAAGACAUUUUGGAUGGGCGUUCAGUGGCUUCAGAAUUUGCCUCCCAUGCCCACAUGCUCUCAGACGGGUGCCUCUAAGGUGGUAUACCAGAGCGAAGAAGAAGUCCCCCCUCCAGAUCCGUCGUCUUCCUUCUUUCCCUCAAUUCCGAACACCUCGAGCAUCUUGACCCCAAGCCCGCCACUCACUCCCGGUACCCCCGGUACUCCUGUAACGCCAUCAGCCCCAAGCCCAGUGGAGGGACCAGGGAGCUCAGAGUGUGUGGUCUGCAUGGAGACGGGGGCUCAAGUCAUCUUUCUGCCGUGUGGCCAUGUUUGCUGUUGUCAGGUCUGUAGUGAUGCCCUGCAGAACUGCCCUCUGUGUCGAGGUGCCAUAUCGCAGCGCAUUCGACUUUACCACACCUAGAAGCAACUGUGGCUUUGCGACUUUUUAAUGAAAUGUGCAUGAUGACAAUGCUGCUGUAGUUCAUAUAUAGACACGCGUUGAGAUUUUCAAAAUGCCGAGCCACUUUACUGUAUUAACCAAAAUGUUAGAUACAUUGCGCAAAAGGUUUGUGGUAUUUUUAUUUUUUGGUUUGUCAAAUUCAUUUAAUAUUUGUUUUAAAUUUACCUUAUUAUUAUUAUUUUUUUUUUUACAGUUUUACAUAUUAAUGGAUAUGUGCCUUUUUCUGAAAAUAUAUUUGCUUCUAAACAAUACAUUUUGUGUCUGUAAACCUUAACAACAACAUACCAACUUUAUGUAGGCGCACUUAACACUGACCAGCCACAACAUUGACCACUUGCGCAGUACAAAGAUAGAUUCAUAGGAGAAGAUACAGUGCCGUGAAAAAUUAUUGGGCCCCUUCUUAAAUUCCUAUCCUUUUGCAUAAUUUUCCCAGUUUAAUGUUUAAAAUCAUCAAACAAAUAUAAACCAAGUGAACUUAAAAGGCUGUUUUUAAAUGGUGAUUUCAUUUAUGAAGGAAAAAAAACUGUUAAAAGUGAUCUGGCCCUGUGUGAAAAGGUAAUUACCCCCCUUUGUUAAAUCAUGAAUUGAUUCUGGUUCAUCACAAUUUAUGGUUAACUUUCACUGAUCAGACUGAUUGCCUCCAGACCUGUUCAAUCAAGAAAUCACUUCAACAGAACCUGUCGGACAAAAGAUCUAAAAACAAAACAAAACAAAAUGACACGAUCCAAACAAAUUCAAGAACAGUCAAGAAAUAAAGUAAUUUACAUCUAUCAGCCUAGAAAAGGGUACAAAGCUUACUUUUUCACACAGGGCCAGGUAACUUUGAAUAGUUAUGUUGUUCCUUAAUAAAUUAAAUCACCACUUAAAUUCAGCAUUUUAAGUUCAUUUAGGUUAUAUUUGUAUGAGCUUUACAUUUCUUUGAUGAUCUCAAACCUUAUAGUGGCGAAACUAUGCAAACAUAUAAUAAUUUGGGAAGGACGCCAAUACUUUUUCACGGCACUGUAGGUAGAUAUGCGUAAAAAACAUAGUAACCCAUGAUAUGUUAUCGAAACACUAAGUAGCCACAACAUCAUGACCACUUGGACAAUAUCUAAUGCAAGAGCUGUAUCAAAUAUUAUUCAGCUUUAAUAGAUAGUACGUUAUAUAUAAUACAGUAUAUAUAUACAAUAUGGCAUUAUUGUGGUUGUAGUUUACAGUGGUGUAGUCUGUACUGCAUCAGACUGAGAACUGUGUAUAAAAGUUUGGACUCUCGGGUCGCUAAUUAACCAAAAUAUUAGACACCGCUCUCAUUUUGAUACAGUACAGUUAUACCCUACUGCAACUACAACGAGAAUAAUGAACACCUUUUUAAAACUGGAAUCCACAACUUUCUUUUGUUUAAAAAACAACAACAACAAAAAAACAUUUUCACUCAGGCCAAUACGAGAGCAGUUGACAAAAUGCUGAUUAAGCCUGUCAGCUCCUCUAACAUCUUGCUAUAUUCUUCAACAGUUUAUUUUAAAUUUUUAGUGAAUGCCCGAUUCAUUUCCCGCACUGGCCCAGUUAGUGGCGCACCGAAAAUGACGUAGAAGGAAAUGACGGCACAGAAAUGAGGCAUUUUGCCAAGCAAUGGGUGGAGGGUAGUUAUAAAAUGCUCCCUAAAAAUAUUAUUUUGCAUUUCUGUAGCAUAAUAUAGUGAUACAAUAAUUACUGUGUUAACAAAAACAAUAAUAAAACUUGCCGCAAAUGAACAACAUCUACCUUUUUUCGAGGAGCCAUUGGCUGCCAGCAGCGUUGUGGCACUCCUCGCCCUUACAGAUCUGUUUUUAUCACUUUUGUUGAUCUCAUUUCUUUGAACGUGUGUGUGUGUGUGUGUAAGUUAACUUGCUAGUGAACCUGCGAUGUGAUUUGCGAGAACUUGUAACUUUGAGCGCCGUAACGCUGCUGCUGCUGCGUCACUCCUCUGUGUCCAUCAAAACUGAGCAUUACAUAACCGUAAUGGCACAAAUUUGAUACAGCUCUUGUCGGAUAUCAAAUUGUGCAAGUGGUCAUAAUUUUGUCAAGCUGUCAUGGGUGAUUUACUCUAUGUUGUUUAUAUCAAUGUACAUGAAGACAUCCCCUGUUGACCAAACCACCUCAUUGCCCCAGGUUUACUGUAGAUGUAUAUGCAGUAGCAGCAAUGCAUUGAAGAAACACGAGAUCGGCUAAAAUAAUUGCUUAACAUAAAACAGUUCUAUUUUAACCUUCUCCAGAGUGCCUCAGGACCUUCUCCUUUCUUUUUGGGGUUAAUGUGGUCACGUAGCAAUUUUUGACCUUGCUGGUUUGACUGUUCCCUCUUAAAUAAGACACUCAGCUCUUCAGUUGCUACUUAUGCUGUUAGGUCACUGUAAAUCAUUCAGUGUCAUUCCUUGCAUUUCAUCAAUUUUGAAUGAGUUCAGAUUAGGGAAAAUGCUGAACUCGCCUUCAAGAGAGUUGUUUUGUUAUGCUUGCUGGUGUUUAGUGCUUUAGUUGUGUGUAUGCAUCCUCAUCAAACAACACCCAAAAACAAAGGGGUAACCAACUGACGAGCAGUUAAAAUUGAGAUUGUAUACAAUCCCCUAUCGGGGUCAGGACUUCAGCUCUGCCAGCGUGGCUCUCCAGCCUUAUACAUUUGUUUUAGAUAAUUGCCACUUUUAUUCUCGACAGUAAAGGUGGUGCAUUAUAGGAAUAUAUAUGAAUAUGCAUACACACACACACACACACAAUCCCCUCCAAAAGUAUUGGAACGGCAAGGUCAAUUUCUUUGUUUUUGUUGUAUACUGAAGACAUUUGGGUUGCAGAUCAAAAGCUGAAUGUGAGACAAAAGUUCAGAAGUCCAGCUUUGAUUUCAUAGUAUUUACAUCGAGGUGUGUUCAACAACUCAGGACCGAGCACCUUUUUGUUUGAAGUCACCCACUUUUCAAGUUAGCAAACGUAUUCGAACAGACAUUAUUAAAUUAACUUAAAGUGGAUACAAUUUGAUAUUUGGUGGCAUAACCAUUAUUUGCAAUAACCUGCAUCAAGCCUGCAACCCAUUGAAUACACCAGACUGUUGCAUUCUUCAUUUGAAAUGCUUUUCCAGGCCUUUACUGCAGCCUCUUUCAGUUCUUGUUUGUUUCUGGAGGUUUCUCCCUUCGGUCAGGAGGUAAAAUGCAUGCUCUAUUGGGUUAAGGUCCAGUGAUAGACUUGGCGACUGGCCAAGUCAAUCACCGGACCUUCCACUUCUCCCCCUGAUGAAGUCCUUUGUUUUGUUGGCAGUGUGUUUUGGGUCAUUGUCUUGUUGCGUGAUUAACCUUUUGGAUGCGGUUUUCUGUAAAUUGCCAGACAAAAUGUUUUUUUGGACUUCAGAAUUCUUUCUACUGCUUCCAUGAGUAGCAUCAUGAGUUACACCCUCAAUAAAUACCUGUGAGCCCGUUACAGAAGCAGCCAUGCAAGCCCAAGCCAUGACAUUACCUACACCCUGCGUCACAGAUGAUCUUGUGUGUUUCAGAUCAUAAGCAGAUCCUUUCUUUCUCCAUACUUUGGCUUUUCCAUCACUUUGCUAGAGGUUAAUCUUGGUCUCACCAGUCCAUAAAACUUUGUUCCAAAAUGUUUGUGGCUCAUCUCUGUACUUCUUUGCAAAGUCCAAUCUGGCCUUUCGAUUCUUUUUGCUGAUGAGUGGUUUGCAUCUUGUGGUAUGGCCGAUACAUUUCUUCUCUCAAAGUCUUCUUCCAACAGUUGGAUUGUGAUACCUUCACACCUGCCCUGUGAAGGUUGGCAGUGAUUUCACUGACUGUUGUCUUUGGAUGUUUCUUCACAUCUCUCACAAUGUUUCUGUCAUCAACUGCUGUUGAUACCCUUGGACGACCUGUUCGAUGUCUGUUGCUCAGUCCACCACUAAUUUCUUUCUUUUUCAGUUCAUUCCAAAUUGUUGUAUUGGUUAUGCCUAUUGUUUGUGCAAUAGCUCUGAUCGAUUUUCCCUGUUCUCUCAGCUUCAAAAUGGUUUGCUUUUCUGCCAUUGACAGCUCUCUGGUUUUCAUGUUUUCUUAACAUCAAAUGCAGUUUUCACAGGUGAGGGUAAGCGGUACAAAAAAAUGGAUGGUUGGAUGGAAAUCCAAAGCCAAAAACAAGCACCAUCUAAUGUUUAAGCAAACAGUCUAAAAGGCAACACCUGAGCAACAAGAAACACCCAUCAGUCACAUGUUCCAAUACUUUAGCUCACUUGAAAAGUGAGUAGCUUCUAACAAGAGUCUGUGUCCUGAGGUGUCCCAUACAUCUAGAUGAAAAUACUCAGAAUUCUGAACCUUUGUCACAUACUCUUUUGAUCUGAAACCCAAAUGUCUUCAAUAUACAACAGAAACAAAGGAAUUGACCUUGCUUUUCCAAUACCGUUGGAAGGGACUGUGUGCGUGUGUGUGUGUGUAUGUAUAUGUAUAUACACACACACACACACACACACACACACGCACACAGUGGGUACAGAAAAUAUUCAGACCCCUUUAAAUUUUUCACUCUGUUAUAAUGAAAUUAGGUCAACGGAAUUGUUGAAUUUAUUUUGCAUUUUUAUUAAAUAAGAAAAACCCUUUGCUGUGACACUCAUAUUUAACUCUGGUGCCGUCCAUUUCUUCUGAGCGUCCUUGAGGUGGUUCGACACCUUCAUUGGAGUCCAGCUACGUUUGGUUAUACUGAUUGGACUUGAUUAGAAAAGCCACACACCUGUCUGUAUAAGACCUUACAGCUCACAGUGCAUGUCAGAGCAAAUGAGGUCAAAGGAACUGCCUGAAGAGCUCAGAGACAGAAUUGUGGCAAGGCACAGAUCUGCUGCACUUAAGGUUCCUAAGACCAAAGUGGCCUCCAUAAUCCUGAAAUGGAAGACGUUUGGGAUGACCAGAAACGUUCCCAGCGCUGGUCUUCCGGCCAAACUGAGCAAUCGGGGGAGAAGAGCUUUGGUGAGAAAGGUAAAGAAGAACCCAAAGAUCACUGUGGCUGAGCUCCAGAGAUGCAGUCGGGAGAUGGGAGAAAGUUCUAGAAAGUCAACCAUCACUGCAGCCCUCCACCAGUCGGGGCUUUAUGGCAGAGUGGCCCGACGGAAGCCUCUCCUCAAUGCAAGACUCCUGAAAGCCUGCAUGGAGUUUGCUAAAAAAACACUUGAAGGACUCCCAGAUGGUGACAAAUAAGAUUAUCUGGUCUGAUGAGACCAAGGUAAAACUUUUUUACCUUAAUUCUAAGCGGUAUGUGUGGAGAAAAGCAGGCACUGCUCAUCACCUGUCCAAUACAGUCCCAACAGUGUAGCAUGGUGGUGGCGGCAGCAUGCUGUGGAGGUGGUUUUCAGCUGCAGGUACAGGAUGACUUGUUGCAAUAAAAGGAAAGAUUAAUGCGGCCAAGUACAGUGAUAUCCUGGACGAAAACCUUCUCCAGAGUGCUCAGUGCCGAAAGUUCACCUUCCAACAAGACAAAGACCCUAAGCACACAGAUAAAAUAACGGAGUGGCUUCAGAACAUCUUUGUGACUGUUCUUGAAUGGCCCAGCCAGAGCCCUGACUUAAACCCAAUUGAGCAUCUCUGGCGAGACCUGAAAAUUUCUGUCCACCAACGUUCACCAUCCAACCUGACAGAACUGGAGAAGAUCUGCAAGGCGGAAUGGCAGAGGAUCCCCAAAUCCAGGUGUGAAAAACUUGUUACAUCAUUCCCAAGACGACUCAUGGCUGUAUUAGCUCAAAAGCGUGCUUCUACUACAACCCCAAUUCCAAUGAAGUUGGGACGUUGUGUUAAACAUAAAUAAAAACAGAAUACAAUGAUUUGCAAAUCAUGUUCAACCUAUAUUUAAUUGAAUACACGACAAAGACAAGAUAUUUCAUGUUCAAACUGAUCAACUUUGUUUUUAGAAAAUAAUCAUGAACUUAGAAUUUUAUGGCUGCAACGCGUUCCAAAAAAGCUGGGACAGGGUCAUGUUUACCACUGUGUUACGUCACCUUUCUUUGAACAACAUUCAAUAAACGUUUGGGAACUGAGGACACUAAUUGUUGAAGCUUUGUAGGUGGAAUUCUUUCCCAUUCUUGCUUGAUGUACAGCUUCAGCUGUUCAACAGUCAGGGGUCUCCGUUGUCGUAUUUUACGCUUCAUAAUGCGCCACGCAUUUUCAAUGGGAGACAGGUCUGGACUGCAGACAGGCCAGUCCAGUACCCGCCCUCUUUUACUACGAAGCCACGCUGUUGUAACACGUGCAGAAUGUGGUUCAGCAUUGUCUUGCUGAAAAAGACGCUGCUUGGAUGGCAGCAUAUGUUUCUCCAAAACCUGUACGUACCUUUCAGCAUUAAUGGUGCCUUCACAAAUGUGAAAGUUACCCAUGCCAUUGGCACUAACACAGCCCCGUUUGCUUUGCAUAGUAGAGUUUCAAGUUGCACUUACAGAUGUAGUGCCGAACCAUAUUUACUGACAUUGGUUUUCUGAAAUGUGGUGAUAUCCUUUACACAUUGAUGUCGGUUUUUGAUGCAGUGCCGCCUGAGGGAUCGAAGGUCACGGCAAUUCAAUGUUGGUUUUGAUGAUGAAAUCCCUAAAUUCCUUGGAAUUGUACGUUGAGGAACAUUGACCUUAAACUGUUCGACUAUUUUCUCACGCACUUGUUCACAAAGAGGUGAACCUCGCCCCAUCUUUGCUUGUGAAAGACUGAGCAAUUCAGGCAAGCUCCUUUUCUACCCAAUCAUGGCGCCCACCUGUUCCCAAUGACCCUGUUCACCUGUGGGAUGUUCCAAACGCGUGUUUGAUGAGCAUUCCUCAACUUUUUUUUUUCUUUUUUUUUUUUACCACCUGUCCCAGCUUUUUUCGAACAUGUUGCAACCAUACAAUUCUAAGUUCAUGAUUAUUUUCUAAAAACAAAAAAAGUUUUAUCAGUUUGAACAUUCAAUAUCUUGUCUUUGUAGUGUACUCAAUGAAAUAUAGGUUGAACAUGAUUUGCAAAUCAUUGCAUUCUGUUUUUAUUGGUUUAGCACAACGUCCCAACUUCAUUGGAAUUGGGGUUGUAAAUACUGAGCAAAGGGUCUCAAUACUUACGGCUGUGUCAUAAUUCAAUUUUUCUUUUUUUAAUAAAUUCAACAAUUCAGUUUUUCUCCCCUGUCAAUAAGGGGUACUGUGUGUACAUUGAGGGGAAAAAUGAUCUUAAAUUAUUUUAGCAAAUAGCUGCAAUAUAAUUGAGUGAAACAUUUUAAGGGGGUCUGAAUAUUUUGCUUUCCCACUCUAUGUAUAUGUGUGUGUAAUUAUUAUAUAUACUGUUUGCAGCCUACACUAGCUGUUAUAUUCUCUUAAGUGCUCUUACACCUAAUAAUUCAUGUCAAAAUAUAAUGUAAUAUAUGCCAGUGUCUUGUACUCCAUGUGUAAUCAAUGUAAAUAUUGUGUAUGGAAAUUAUUGAUGAGUAUUACCACAAAUAAAUAUCAAAGAUGGCUUCUUGUGUUUUCUUAUAAACUACCUAGGUGGGUGUGGCUGGAGUUA